AUGUCGCCUCUCGCCCCCUCGCCUUCUGUCACUGCUUCGCCUCCCGACCUGCGCCAAGCUUUGUUCUGGCAGGCCCACCCCUUGCGCGGGCCGCGAUGGAAGCUCGCCCGCGGCAGGCCAAUGGAGGAUGGCGGAGGCGCCCCCAGCCGCUGGGACGACGGCGAGGGCGGCGAUGUGUGCUUGCUGGAGCUGCGCUACCAGGCGGCGCUGCGCGCGCUCCGCGCUGAGGCGGGCCUGGACCCAGAAGCCUCGCGUCGGCGAGCGCGCGAGCUGAAGGAGUUGUCGCGGGAGGUGCGCCGCGCCAAGCACUUGUUGGCCAGCCGUGGAGCGAGGCCCGCCUGGAGCAGCUACCCGCAGCCAGUCGAGCUGCCGCGGUGCCCGGGCGACCCCAGGUUUGUGCGCAGCUUCGCGGUGGACGAGCCCGACGCUGCUCGGGAGUUCUUCGGCCACUUCGGAUUCGUCGUCUUUCACGGCGUCCUGGGCGACGCCGACUGCAGGGCGACCGUGGACGAGAUAUGGGCGUACCUCGAGCGGCGCAUCGCGAACCUGCGCCGCGGCGACCCGGAGACGUGGGGCCUGCUGUCGCGCCAUAAGUACGGGUUGCCGCCAGCCCAGGCGAUAUUCACGGAGCAGGUUCGUUCCGACGGUUUAUGCUCAUGCCGCUGUUUGUUCCUCUGCGUAUACGCCGCUCUGGAUGCGGUGUUGCCUCGCCUCCCUGAGGGCGAACAACUUCCUUGGGUCUCCCCGCACCCGAGCCCGAACAGCGUCGUGGUGUCGAACGACCGCUGGUGCCUCUACCCGCCGGCCCUGGGGGACCCCCGGCGGGCCACGCCCGCGAGCCUUCACCUUGAUGUCAAUCCCUGGUCCUACGUCAGCCAGGAUCGCCCACGGAUCUCGAGUCCCUGCGGUACGAGGCGUCCGCUGAGCAGGCGCGCACAGGCGACGAGGCCCUCCCCCUGCCGGACUUCCGCGCAGAGAUCUCGGCCGUCCAGGGCGCGGGGGCGGGGCAGCACGUGCAGGGCGUGCUGA